AUGCUAACAUGGGACAGGAUCAGAAAGAACCGGCUGAAGUUGCGAGAUGAUUUUAAUUUGGACUUCCUUGAGUUGCUUCGUUGCUUGAGUGAUAAGGGUGUCUUCGUAAACAUCGAGGUGCAGCAAAUACGUAGCAAACUUAGCCUCAAACAGCAAUUUGAUGAGCUCUUCGACCACCUCACAUCAAAGAAUCCACAACAAUACGUCCCCGUCGUCCUCCAGGCACUCGCUGACAUUGGCAGAGAGGAUAUCAGGGAUUUCUUGCAAGGUAUUUGGAUUACCUGCUAA